AUGUAUAAUUCCCGGCCAUCGAGCCCUAUGGACAUGUUGUUGUUAUCCAAUAACACAGCUUACUUGUUUUCUGCAAGUGAAGUUUCCAGAAAUAAUUCUAAAUGGAUUCAGAAUUUUCAAUUACCCAGCAUGGUAUGUUGCAUUGUGAUGCACUUGAAUUAUUAAAUUGUUCUCCGAGUUGUAUAAUACAAUAUAGUGUUGUUAUUUUAGAGCGGUCUGCUGUUUUCCAACCAAAUUACAGUUACAAAGAACAAACUUUGAUAAUUUUACUUUACUCUUUCAUGAAAAUUCCUAAUGGAAAUUAAUUGACUUUUCCAACUUGUAACAGCAGCAUAGCUAGCUUUGGCAACAGUUAGUUGGUUCUGGGUUUUCGAUAAGUUGGAAAGCUCCAGUUGGAAUAUGGAUGUUUUACUGUAUAUACUAGUGGCUUUAGCACAACCCGCCUUUAACUGGCAUGUCUGAGUGAAGCUGCACCCAUGCCACCCAAAAGAGAUCUGUUGUCCAAUGUCCAUUUACUGUAAAAUCUGAUUAAUUUUUGCUUAAAUUCAAACAGGGCGAUGAAUGCAUUGAUGAUACCAUUGAAGCAUCAGUCGCAUCAAAACUUGCGAGGGCUGGUCAUGUCAGUGAUGUAAAGCCAUUGUACAUCGCUGGAGAGGGCAAGAUCCUGAUGAAAUUGAACAGUUCAGUAACAAUUGAGAAUACGUUGGCACAUCUUGUAAGUUAUGUGUUCAAUAUUGUCAGAAUACUCUGUGUCAAGCAAAAAUGUAUUCCAGUUUCUGGAAACUGCGAGAACCAGGGAAGCUAAAAAAGGAUUCCAGUCAACAAAUAUUUGCAAGAACUUGAAUAACGUUUUAACAAUUAACCGAGCAAAUUGUUAAGCUCGUUUAGAUAGGAGCCCCGGCGGCUCGUCCAUUUUUGGCAAAAUUUCCAAACACCACUCGUACUAUUAAUCCCUAAUUGUACUCGCCAUCGCAUGAUUACCUAUACUAACAUAUAUAAUCCUUGUACUUAUGAUCAAAAUGUUACGUUAAUUGAGAUUUUCUUCCUUUAUUCAUUGCAAUUUUACUAUUUGUGCACAUUUUUAGAGCAAUUUUUAUGGGGAUAAGGAAUAAAAUUUGCUCCACUUUUUUAAACUAGAGUAUUUAUUACUCCUGUUAGGGUAAAUAUUACUCCACUUUUGGUAUAUUGUUGACUCCAAAAUUAGAGUAAAAUUUUAAAUUAGAUUAUUUUUCACUACCAUAAGGAAUACAAUUACUCCACUUUUGGUAUAUUUUUCACUCCAAAAUGAGAGUAAAAUUAUAAAUUAGAGUAUUAAUUACUCCUGAAGGGGUAAAUAUUACUCCAUUUGUUAGGUAGCAAGUACUCUAAAAAUGGAGUUAAAAUGUUGGAGUAAAAAAUACUCCCAAAACAGAGUCAACUUUUUAAAUCCUUUCUUGGAGUAGUAUUUACUCCUUGAAAUUAAGUAUUUACUCCUUUUUGUCAUUAAUACAUUAUUGGUUCAAUAUUAUAUAGGUUCCAGAGUAUUUCUUCAACAUCUUUAAUCCAACAAAAUGUUUAUGCGGCGUGUCUAUCGUGGUCAGUCAGACAGUUAUUGGAGAAUCGUUUAGAUAG